AUGGCUUCGCCCUUGGACCAAAUCGUCAAGGGUGCUCCCCUGCCUGAAGUUCAUGCUCCUACGCCGGAGCCAUUGGCUCCGGCUUCAGUUCCAGCUCCAGCUCCAGCUCCAUUCUCGGAUUCCUCCUCCCCGCCACGGCCCUCAACACCAGAUCCGCUGGCCAUCGCACCCGACUCACCUCCCCAGAUAUACCUGAACCUUCUGAUUAUGGAGGCCUCAUUACGAGCGCAAUAUCUGGCCCUCCGUGAACGCCGUCAAGAUGGCCUCGGCGUCGGUGGUUCCGUUUAUUGGAUGGUGGAGAUGGGAGAAAAGGUUGCUCUCCUUGGAGGAGUAGUCACUGCACUCUUGGUAUGGGGAACGGGGCAAUGGGAGCGUGGAAUCCGCUGGCCACGGCGCUGGCUCGCCGUCGCCAACCGCGGCCUCCGCACCAUGAACACCAAGAUCAUCAUCAUCCGUGGCCCUUGGUGGCAGGAGUUGCUCUCAUACGUCUCCUUCCUAUUUCCUUUCUCCGUUCCCUUCUUCCCUUCUCCCUCCGGCAACUUUCAACUUAUCGAACGUCACCCCAACGACAAACGCGGUAGUCGGCAGCACUACCAGCAAUACUAUACCAGCGCGGAUAGUGAGUCCGGCCUCGUCGAGGAAGAUCUCAGUCCCGGCGGCGAUUAUAUUCAUCUCCUUCUUCUCCCCAAAUCUUUCUCUCCGGAGUUCCGCGAUAAAUGGGACCAAUACCGCACCGACUUCUGGUGUUCCGAGAACGAACGCCGCGCAAAGCUACGUCACCAGCUGCGCGAGAGAGAACGUCAACUUGCUCGAUCAGAGGGAAACUGGCUCGGACGCCUUGGCUUGGACUGGCGCGCUUCAAGGCGCCGCCGUCUUGUGGCUGCGACGUUGCACCGUUCUAUUGAAUCGGAGAGCAAGCCUCCUCCUCGCCCUCAUUCCCUCCACCAGCAUCAACCGUCCAAUUCGUCCAAACUCACCCAAGAACACCGUGCCCCCUCCCUUCGUCGGAAUACUCGCUCCGAGUCCUCCCACUCCCGUACCUCUUCUCGCAGCACUACCCCCGUUGACGUCGAAGACCGUCCGCCUUCCCGCUCCUCUACCUCUGGUCGUCCCCGACGCGGAAGUACAACGCCUUCUAUAUCGGGUGGAGAUCAAAGUCCGCAGCAGAGAAAGCGGAAGGGAUCCAAGUCCUUACGUCGGGGCUUGUCACCUUUAACUCAGGCGCAGGUGCGCGAGGGUGUGCGGACACCGUCUUUUUCGUCCGAUGACUCGGUGCUGGUGGGUGAUAGAGAGAAGGAAAGUAUACUGACCUCUGUACCUGAACCAAAUACUGCUUCUUAG